CACCAAGCCGUCUGCCAGCCAGGUAGUAGUACCAGCGCUCGACUGUCAGCUUCGGGAGAGUGGCGAAGCACAGGAGACCUAGAGCCGCGUGAAAUUAAUAAAUUACUGUAAAACCAUAUGAAAGCGGGGACACCAGGACAACUACGAGCUUAUUCAAUUGGCCCUCGACGACGGCAUCGAUACGCCGGAUCGCUCCGUAGAAUCGCUUACACGCAGGAGCUUUCUUGAGUUUGGAAAACUUGACCCUUCCAAGCAUGCUUGUGAUCUAAUGUAAAUUCAAACGAAGAAGGUGCUUUAUUAUUAUCAGAGUAUCGGAGUGUCCCUGUAUUCAUUGCUGGUAAAUACAAUUUAAGGACAAAGGCAUCAUAAUUAGAAAACCUAUUGAGCCGCUUCAUUUCUUCAGUUUCACUUGUUGAUUUCGAAUGGAGGAAAGCUGAAAUCGGGGCUAGUGCGUUACAGUCUUCGAGAUGUCCGAGCCGGAGGAAGACGAAGCAGUGCUGAGGCCCCCGGGGGAUCAGAACGGAAACCAAGGUGGCAGCUUCAGAAAGGGAAGUGAUCCGCUGUCCCAGACACAGCGCAGUAAAUUGCAGCACCGCAGAGCUCGGAUUAACCAGCAGAUCAACAAGGAGAUGAGGAUGAGAGCCGGGGCAGAGAAUCUCUUUCGAGCUACUAAUAAUCAUAAAGUAAAGGAAACGGUAGCCCUGGAGCUUAGCUUUGUCAAUUCCAACCUACAACUGCUAAAGGAAGAGUUGGAGGAACUGAAUAGCUCAGUGGAAGUGUACCAGACUGACAGUGAGUCGAUUAGUGUUCCGAUGAUUCCAUUGGGGCUUAAAGAGACUAAAGAAGUGGACUUGACGACUGCACUCAAGGAUUAUAUCUGUGAGCAUUAUGGAGAAGAAGGCUCUCUCUAUGACAAUGAGAUUGCUGAGCUGAUGGAUCUCAGACAGGCAAUGCGCACACCUAGUCGCAAUGAAGCAGGUUUGGAUUUGCUAAUGGAGUAUUACAAUCAGCUUUAUUUUCUUGAUAAUCGGUUCAUCCCUCCGAAUAAGAACCUGGGUGUCUACUUUCACUGGUAUGACUCGUUGACAGGAGUGCCAUCUUGCCAGCGUGCACUUGCAUUUGAGAAGGGCAGUGUGUUAUUCAACAUUGGUGCACUAUUCACACAGAUUGGUGCCCGUCAGGAUCGUGCAAAUGCUCAAGGUAUCGAGAAUGCCAUAGAUGCCUUUCAGAAGGCAGCAGGUGCCUUUAACUAUUUGAAAGAGAACUUUUCCAAUGCACCCAGUCUGGACAUGAGUGUACCCUCGCUGAACAUGCUGGUGCGUCUGAUGAUCGCUCAAGUUCAGGAAUGUGUCUUUGAGAAGGUGGUGCUUCUGCUAUUGUCUGAUAAUUUCUUAGCAUAUUUGAAAGUGGCACAGGAAGCUGCAAGGGUAGCAGAUGUAUAUUCCCUGGUGUAUCAAACAAUGACACAACCUCCAGUAAAAGAUUAUGUUCCAUUUUCCUGGGUGACAAUGGUCCAAGUCAAGUCUGAACAUUUCAAAGCACUUUCUCACUACUAUGCAGCUGUGGCAUUUUGUGACAGUGAGGUUCAGGAUGUUGACAAUAUGCACGAAAUUGAGAAAGCACUGAUCCAGUUUCACAUCACAAUGCCAGAGGGACCAUCACUCAGUGUUGUGAUACAAGAUUUGGAGGAAAGACGCAAACUUGGUAAGGCUCAUUUGAAGAAAGCCAUCAUCAAACAUGAGGAGGCCAUGCGAAUACACAGCCUUUGCAAGACCUUGCGUAAGAUAGACAUCCUGCAGGAAGUGUUGUCAUUCACACACAAGCGCUCUCUCAACAAAUAUUCUGAAAUUGACCAUGAAGAUGACUUCUUUGAGACUGGAGAGGCACCAGACAUUCACCCUAAAACCCAGCAAAAGCCAGAGAUAAAGACUCCAAACUUCUCUCGGGUUAAAGUAACUGACAUUUUCCACAGACUGGGUCCUCUGUCAGUGUUUUCAGCAAAGAAUAAGUGGAGUCCACCACGCAAGAUGCGCCUAGUAAAAGGAGAAGGAGGUUUUGGCUUCACAUUGCGUGGAGAUUCGCCAAUUCUUAUUGCUGGAGUUGUUCCAAAUGGCUCUGCAGCGAAUGCUGGUCUACGAGAAGGAGAUUAUAUCAUUUCCAUAAACGGCCAGGACUGUAAAUGGUCAAAACAUGCAGAAGUUGUUCAGAUGCUGAAAGGCAUUUCAGAGGAAGGCGUUGACAUCAGUGUGAUAACAGUCCAUAUGCUGGACCAGCAGAGUCAGAUGGACAGAAAAUCAAUAUUGUUAACAUCCACUGGUUCCCUGAGCAGCGACAAGGAAAACAUCCGCUGCCAUGGCCUCUCCAACACAACCAUCAACACAAGUUCAUUGUUACCCUGGAAUAAAAAGAAAACCAACGGAAGAAGUAAAAAGACUACAGACAGCAACAGCAAGAGGAGCAGCAGUGCCUUCAAUUUGCCUUUUGCCACCUUCCGAGAAAGUGAGGCCAUGUAUUGAGGGACCAGACAGUAAGAAGACGACUGCCGCGACAAGCGUUUUGUCUGUCUGACAGUCAGCAGCAGCUAUGGGACAGAUAACAGUGGACUGUAGGGACCUGCCAAACUUGUAUGCUGCAGUAACUUAGAAAUGGUGCCUGAGAGUUGGCUUGCCAUGCAAAACCACACAUUCUUGCUCAAUGAGUGUUUGUGUUGUACGAUGUGUGCUAUUUUGCUGCUGCUUAAGUUUCAAGUUGAUUGUUGCAGCUAAUCGCCUUUCUCUAGUGGUGAACCAGCUUAGAUACAAACCUAUACAUAGACGUGCUCUAUACACGUGUAUGAACCUCACAAAAAGGGAUAAAAAGAUGCAGUCGCUUCUCCUUUGUGCAACAUUUAAUACUGAAUGACUACAUAACACAGAUAAUGGGAAGACUGCAUAAGCGAAGGCCUCUAAAGUGUUGGCAAACCUGUAUUGGCUUUCUGUUUAAAAAUGAAGAAUGUUCAGAAGACCUGAAGAUGCUUUGCUCGCAGAUGGUCUUUCUACAAAACUAACUAUUGUAUCUUAAUAUUAACUUGUAUUAAGUUAGAAUAGUCAGUUUACAUGUUCUGUUUCUGUGAUUUUGCACUGCAGUAUUGAUGUAUUGGAUCUUUUGUGAAAGAUUUUUAAUUUAUUUA